AUGCCCAACAGCCUCGUCAAAAAACUAACCCGGUCAUCUGUUGCCUUUCGACACGCCACGCAGAGCUACACUCAAAAUACACACAACAGUUUGCUCUACACUCUGCCAUACGAGAUUGCCCAACACAUCGGCACGUUCCUAGAUUAUGCGGACCGUAUUUGCUUCGUACUAACGAGCUAUAAAUAUGCGGAUGCCCUUCUCGCCAUCUGCAAUACACAGGCCGUCAAGCAACCGCACAUCAAAGAUAUCAGGAGCAGAAUAAAAAGAGACCGUUUUUACGGUCACGGCUGCCAUCCCUAUGCCUGGGUUGAACGCAGAGCUGGUAUACUGUACUGUGUAGAAUGUAACCGGCCGCAUGCGCCUUUUAGGUUUCCAGAGGGUACGAUAGCACAACCACGACACUUGCGCAGAUGCUUCCGAGCAACCGACGGUCCCUUCUUCGUGUGUCAGCACAACGAGUUUACCUUCUUGGAAAUGGCCAGUCUGUUGCGAAAGAACGCGAGAAAAGGACGUAAGAACAAGUUUGGCGACUUUUUCCAUUGCAUCGAGUGCUACGAGCUUCCGCCUGAAAGACGCCGUCCAGGCCGAUGUUUACAUCCUCCCACACUAUCUCUUGCUCCCAAAACGCAUACAGUCACUCUUCGAUCAAGGUUUCUGCUUCUGACGGUACCCUGGACUGUGCCUGUCUCGGUUCAUCAGACGAAAGAUGCGCUGGCUCUCCUAAAUCUCAAAAUCUGUCCGCACAUGAAUGCUUGUGAUACAGAAGUAAUCGAGGGUAUGGUUGGGGACUGCCAGGAGAUGAUGAUGAUGGAUGGUCGCUUUUCAACGCGCAUUAGCAUUGAUUGUAGCACUUGCCAAACAACGUUCAGUAUCAAGAGAAGGGUCCCGUUUCACGAGGUUGUGGUGGAAGUUGAACGAAGGUUAGGCCAGGUCAGACGAGAAGGCGACCCAAUCUGGAGGGCGCAUCUACCGAGGAGGAAAGCCGGCACUUCUUGA